CUGUUACUUUUCCAAGAAAGAUAUUUUAUGCAAAACUACCAGCACAUCUUGGCUUUGGAAUUUGCAAUCAAAGAAAUCAAUGAGAAUUCCAGGAUCUUGCCAAACAUCACCCUCGGUAUCCAUAUCUCUAAUAGCUAUUUCAUGGGAAGAUGGAUCUAUCUGGCUUCCAUGGAGCUUCUCUCUACGAAGGAAAGGUUUAUCCCAAACUACAAAUGUGACCUCAAGGACAAUGUAAUCACUGUGAUUGCAGGACAUAAUGCUUUCAUUGCUCAGUUCAUGUCAAACAUUCUGAGUAUAUAUAAGAUCCCACAGCUCAUGUAUGGUUCAACUGCAGAGAUAGAUGACAACAUACAAGCUGCUUUCUUCCGUCAAUUAUUUCCAAAUGAAGACCUUCAAAUUAUGGGGCUGAUCCAAUUGUUGCUUCACUUCCAGUGGAAAUGGAUUGGGCUCAUUGUCCAGAACCCUAAAAAGGGGAAGAGCUUCAUACAGAAAAAGCUUGAUAUAUUUUCUAAGAAAGGCAUCUGUUUUGAUUUCAUGGAAGAAAUGCCAAUGGAAUCUGUUAUCAAUGAUAUUGAAAUUCAACUUAAUUCUUAUGUUUUGCUCUAUAAGGCUAUUAUGAGAAGUACUGCCAAUGUUGUAAUCACUUAUGGUGAAAGUGACAACAUGGUUUUUCUUAGAAUUGUGCCAUUUGGUUCAGAAUAUGAAGAAAUGCCAAUGAAGAGAAAAGAUAAAGUUUGGGUCAUGCCAGCACAGAUGGAAUUCACAUCAGUCCCCUUUCAAAGAUACAGGGGACUGGAUUUCAUCCACGGUGCCCUAUCGUUGGCAGUUUCUUCAAAGGAAAUAUUAGGGUUUAAGAAAUUUACUCAGUUGAGAAAGCCUUCUUCAGAAGAAGAGGACAGUUUGACAAGAGUGUUUUGGGAAGAUGCAUUUGAAUGUUCUUUCCCAACUGCUGGGCUAGGUGAGGACAGUGACAAUCAGUGCACUGGUGAGGAGUCACUGGAGACCCUUCCUGAAUCUGUGAUUGAAUCUAGUAUUACUGGGCAUAGUUAUAGCAUUUACAAUGCUGUCUAUGCAGUGGCCCAUGCUCUGCAAGCCAUGCUUUCAUCUAAGAGCAGAAAAAGACGAAAUGCUUGGGAACUCAGUCAACAGUCGUGGCAGGUAAAAACGACAUGA